AUGGCUACCCCGCCAAUGAGGCAACCCUCCUCGGGUCAGGACGGUUACCCCUACCCACCACACGCUGGACCGUACAACAAUGAUUAUGCAAGCUCGAUGUCGACGUUCGUCGGGAAGACGCUGGAGGAAGGUCGAGGGACGGGACGGACACCAAGUCCGACACCGAGUGAAGAAAAAGAGCUUCAGAGUGGGGCUAUUAACUGGAAGGCCAUGAUGAGCUGGAGAUUUUGGUUUCGGAGGGCGUGGCUAUGGUAUUAUGUUAUUGGGUUCAUCCUUGUGGUGAUCACUGCGUUGGUUACGAUUUAUCAUACGCAGAUUGUGAAGUGGCUGACGCCCGUAACGCAAUGGCUCUUUCACCUUCGGUUUGGUUGGCUGGUACCAAUUGGGGUACUGUUCGUGAUAUCUUUCCCACCUCUAUUCGGUCACGAAAUUGUUGCCAUUCUGUGUGGUCUUGUGUGGGGCUUGUGGGUUGGUUUUGCUAUCGUCGCUGCUGGAACAUUCUUAGGAGAAGUGGGAAACUUCUAUGCGUUCAAGUACUGCUGUAGCGCCAGAGGAGAGAAGAUGGAAAGAACCAAGAUCUCCUACGCCUGCUUGGCCAAGGUCGUGCGGGAUGGAGGGUUCAAGAUCGCUCUUAUUGCGAGAUUGAGCGCUAUUCCCGGUCAUUUCACGACGGCCGUUUUUUCGACGUGUGGCAUGGGGAUUAUCGUAUUCUCCAUAGCAGCUCUGCUUUCCAUGCCUAAGCAGUUCAUUACUGUUUACUUGGGCGUCAUCUUGGAGCAAUCAAGUACCGGUCAGCAGGAUACUAAAAGCAGAAUCAUCAGCGACGUUGUUCUAACCAUCACGAUACUGAUUACCAUCGUGGCCAUGUGGUACAUCCUCCACCAGAUGAACCUGGUCAAGCCAGAGGUCAUCUAUGCCAGACGGAAAGCACGCCAAGGAAAGCUAGCUCAAGGUUUCUCUCCGUAUUCCGGAAACCCUUCGGAGAGCACCCUCGCCUUCAAUCCUAGAGAUUCGGACUCACAGAUCCCUCUGACGCUGACCGACCGAACUGAGAUGCGAUACCAACAGUGGGAUAAGCAUGGGAAAGCUGUGGGAUACGCUGGGGAUCCCAGUCUUAUCGUCACCCCCAAGCCCCAGAAAAUAAAUUUGGUAACGCAGCUGGAGAAAGAUGUACAAGAGUCCAAGCCUUCACAUCUGAGGGAGGAGAGCACCGAUGUUGCCGGGUGGGAUAUGAGGGAUUUGCACGAAGAUCCUUAUGGAGGAUAUGUGCGUGAGGAUUCUUUGGACAACUUGCAGACCCCCACACAGCAACAUCCACACUCCUCGCAGGGGUUCUUGGAGACCUCGACACAGGCCAUGCAUAACCUGAGGCGAGAGCCUACAUACCCCCAUUCGUCGUCAACCUUCAUCAAUACUUCACCGAGGUCUUACGGACAUGGUCUGGAACCAACGGACGCGACCUAUCAAAGCGCGUUGAGCGAAUCACCCAUUGAAGAUGAAGGUCCCCAUCGUCGGCACCCUCAACCCCUGCGUUCUCCGCCUCCAGACGAGGGACGUCUACCGAAUUCCAGCGGUAGCACAGGUCUUCGAUAA